GUGCUUGAACAUCUCCUCGGGGAGAAAGCCCGGGCUCUGUGGCUCUUCAAGCCCGAGCAGAUCACCCCGACAGGCCGGCAGAGCAGUGGGCUCCACAUGAAACAACAACGGGCAGAAACGGAACCCUGAGCGGCAGUCCAUUUAAACCCCGCACCAGCCGCACUGUGUCCGCAUUAAUUUAUUCAAGCAACCCUAAAAUCUCGCGGUGCUACCACUCAGACAUCUUGCAUUUCACUAAAUCUGGUCUUGGAGACAUUUUCCAUGCAGAUACUCUCGCGCUGUCCCUCCCGACUAAACAAAGUUCGCACAGAAAAGGGCUUUUUAGUCGGCUGAACAACGUUUUCGUCCGCGUCCACCGGUGUAGGGCUGUUGGGCCGAGCCUCGCGUGCCAGAUUCCGCGGAGUUUCGACGGCCUCUCGCGGGGACACUCAAGCCGUAUUGUGCGUCAUCUCCAUCGCUGCCGUUUGGUUAUUUUCUCCAUUGAGGAAACAUGGCAGCUCCCGCCGCGGUCAACCCGUCCGAGAUGGGCAGUGAGUUACCAGGCACAGUGGCGAUGCCGGGGGCGGUAGGAGGCGGUCAAGUGAGGAUGGGUGGAGCGUUGCCAGGCCGUGGGGGCAAGAGGAGAUCUGGAGGAAUGGACUUUGAUGACGAAGAUGGAGAGGGACCCAGCAAAUUUUCCAGGUAUGAUGAUGAUGAUGAUGAUGAUGAUCCUGGUGGGGAUAAGGAAAGAUUUGCCAGAGAGAACCACAGUGAGAUUGAGCGACGUCGGCGCAACAAAAUGACCCAGUACAUCACCGAGCUGUCAGACAUGGUGCCCACCUGCAGCGCCCUGGCCCGGAAGCCUGAUAAACUGACCAUCCUGCGUAUGGCUGUCUCCCAUAUGAAAUCCAUGAGGGGCACUGGCAACACAUCCACUGAUGGGGCCUACAAGCCCUCCUUUCUCACUGAGCAGGAACUGAAGCAUCUAAUCCUGGAGGCAGCGGACGGCUUCCUGUUUGUGGUUGCCGCGGAGACAGGGCGGGUGAUAUACGUGUCGGACUCCGUGGCGCCGGUGCUGAACCAUCCCCAGUCCGAGUGGUUUGGCAGCACUCUGUAUGAACAGGUCCACCCUGACGAUGUGGACAAGCUGAGGGAGCAGCUCAGUACUUCAGAAAACUCCAUGACAGGGCGGAUUCUAGACCUGAAAACAGGAACAGUGAAGAAGGAAGGACAACAGUCCUCCAUGAGAAUGUGCAUGGGCUCCCGACGGUCGUUCAUCUGCCGCAUGAGGUGUGGGACUGCUCCUCUGGAUCACAUCUCCCUAAACCGCCUGUCUAACAUGAGGAAGAGAUACAGGAACGGCCUCGGGCCCUCAAAAGAAGGAGAGGCUCAGUACUCUGUGGUGCAUUGCACUGGCUACAUCAAAGCCUGGCCCCCUGCAGGUAUGACAAUACCAGAAGAAGACACCGAGGCCGGUCAGACUGGGAAAUACUGCCUAGUGGCCAUCGGAAGACUGCAGGUGACCAGCUCUCCGGUCUCCAUGGAUAUGAACGGCCUGUCUGUGCCCACGGAGUUCCUGUCACGUCACAACUCAGAUGGCGUCAUUACCUUUGUGGACCCACGAUGCAUCAACGUCAUUGGUUAUCAGCCUCAGGACUUGCUGGGAAAGGAUAUUCUGGAGUUCUGCCAUCCUGAGGACCAGAGUCAUUUGAGAGAAAGUUUCCAACAGGUGGUGAAGCUGAAGGGUCAGGUUCUGUCUGUGAUGUAUCGUUUCCGAAUGAAGAACAGAGAGUGGAUGUUGAUCCGAACCAGCAGCUUUACCUUCCAGAACCCGUACUCUGAUGAGAUAGAGUACAUCAUCUGUACCAACACCAACGUCAAGCAGCUGCAGCAGCAGCAGCAAGCGGAGCUGGAGGUGCACCAAAGGGAUGGACUGACUGCCUACGAUCUUUCCCAGGUGCCUGUGGCCAGCGUCAGCGGUGGAGUCCACGAGACAGCCAAGAACAUGGACAAGACCGAAGUCCUGUUCUCUCAGGAGAGAGACCCGCGCUUCGCUGAGAUCUACACCGGCAUCGCUGGCUCGGCAGAUAAGAAGAUGAUGGUUCCCUCCUCCACAGCUGGAGGACAGCAGCUGUACUCUCAGAGCUCUCCCUUCCAGCAGGCGCACGCUGGCAAGAGCUUCAGUUCCUCUGUGAUCCACGUCCCUGGUGUUAACGACAUACAGCCGUCAGGCUCAACCAAUCAAAACCUGGCUCAGAUUUCCAGACAGCUCAAUCCAGGCCAAGUUGCAUGGUCAGGCAACCGCCCCCCCUUCUCUGGACAGCCCAGCAAAGCCCAGUCCAGUCCAUUUGGUAUUGGUUCUGGCCACAGCUACCAGACCGACCCGGCAUCCUACAGCCCCCUGUCGUCCCCGGCCACUUCCUCUCCCAGCAGCAAUGCCUACUCAGGACUGACCAACCGCAGCACAGCUUUUGAUGUUUCAGGGGAGGGCAGUCAGAGUGGAGCCCAGUUCCAGGGCCGUCCCAGUGAGGUCUGGUCCCAGUGGCAGAACCAGCAUCACUCCCAGCAGGCCAGUGAACAGCACACACACCCCAACUCCAGCCAGACAGAAGUCUUCCAGGACAUGUUACCCAUGGCUGGAGAUCCCAGCCAGGGAACAGCCAACUACAACAUAGAGGACUUCGCUGACCUCGGCAUGUUCCCUCCCUUCUCUGAGUAACACCCCCAGCGCCCCCUCUCAGACCGGACUGAAGUUUGCGUUCAUCUGUCAUGCUAUUUCAUUUUUCUAUAUUUCUGGAUCACCCAUGUGCAGCACGGAGAAUGUCAUUUGCAUUCAUACAAACGCACAGUUCACCAAUGUUUAUAGCUGCAAACAUACGCAUACCGUACCUCAUCUGUCCAAAAGGACCCCACAGACAGAUGGAGGGCACCUCAGCUCUCUGCCUUCUCAAUGAGGACUCCAGCUGUGAGAACAACUGGGACCGUGUGUUCAGCUCCCUGCAGGCAGCAUGACCAUCCAAGAUUGACAGAGCAGAACUCGAGUGGUUUUUUGUGAGCAGUCCAUGAUGAUGAGCACAAUGUCUGCUUGACCAAUUGUUACACUACACCCAGAGAUCUGUUCUGGAGUACAAACAAUCAACUGAGUCAAUGUCCCUUAACAGGGUUGACACAGAGCCCUGUCUGGACGUUCUUGCCAAGAUGUUAUUAUUUUCAAGUUUCUUUUUAUAUGAUUGUUUUAGCUUAGUCAAAUUUGACCAACAUAUGCAUUUAUUGACUCAAUGAGAUUUGAUCAAAUUAUUUAACAUUAACAGCGUCACUGAGUUCUAAACGAGAGUGUCUAACUGUGAUCUAAAAUAUUUUUCUCUCUUGUGACCACGACUGAAAAACAAUAGAAACAAAAGCUUUGGCAGGUGAAUAAAGAUUAAUACAAUAAACACAAGGGAAAAAAACGAUCAAACAUUUGUUUUCACUUCUCUCUCAGGGUUUCCAUAAAGUCCUCUCUGCACAUUGAAUAUUCCAAAAGAAGAGUUAGAGAUGAGUGAGCAGCGCACUCUGCCAUGCCGCUGUGGGUCACCAGUCCCAAACAGCAGCAGGCAGCGUAAUGCGAGCACACACGUUUACAUCAACAUGUAGAACAAUAACACACCCUCAGUCAUACAUUUGAGCCGUCUGUUGCUCACAUGAAUCUUUAUUUUGCGGAUUUUACGCGUGGCAAAUAAAAGGACAGAGCAAGUCUGCUUUAUGCUCAGCCAAAGUCCAACACAGUCAUGUAUUCAUCCUUUCAUGAGAAAGGACCAGUAACGCAGCAGCCGAUACCUACACACAGUGAGAGUUCUGAGUGUUGUACACCUCCAUCUGUCAUCCCUUUCUCCAUCAACCUUAUUGUGUAACUGUGUGUAGUGAUGUCCACAACCCAAGUAUUGAAGGCUUCUAUGUAUGAAUUCAAAUCAAAUACUCAUUACAGACAGUUGCAAAGCUAAGGCUUAAAGUGCACUUCAUGAAGCAAAUUGCUAAUCUCACCAGCCUGCUUUAAAAGGGAAAAACCGCCAUACGGUCCAAACAAAGCGCAGUAUUUAGUGUACUUGGUGUUCUUCAGUUCUGGCUAUUCGACAUUAUUACUUUAUAAUCUUUUCAACUAUUAAGAUUAUUGAAUAAUACUUUAUAGCGGUGAGCUUUUACAUGAUAGAUUGUACGAUGUCUCUGACGGACAGAUGGGAGAACCUCCAACGGACAUCAGAGUCCUUUUGCUAAAGAUCUCAAAUUGAUGUUUUUUUGUACAUAAUGCGAUUUUUAUGUUGACUUGUGUAACUUUCACACAGUACAUGUCUUUUGUGUAUGUUUUGAUGAUAUUGUGUGCAAUGUGAGUACAUAUUUAACUAUUGGUAUUUAGUUAGUCUGUUAAUUGUACAUUGAGUUCUAGACCUGUAAAAACUGUGUAAAUGUGACCCAUUAUUUUUGUGUAACAAAUUGUGCUUGUGUCAAUAAAUUCUUAUUGGUUACAUGG